AAGCGAAGCGAGACGAGACUCGAGAGGAGGUCCAGAAGGAGACAAUUCCACAGAAAUCAAUUCGGCAAUGGCGUGUCUCCCUCGCAUGAGCAUCCCGUCCCAGGCGUUGCCAUUCGCCAAGGGCCCAACUUCGUUUCUGCUUUCUCCCUUCCCCCGCCCUCGUCUCCACUUCUCACGCUUUUCCUUCACCUCCUCCGGGUUUUCUUCCCCAUUCCAUCUUCACCAUUCCUUUCGGGGGUUUCCUUCCCAAUCAUGUCCGAUGUCCUACCGUCGUCAUGCCACCAACCCCGGCAGUUCGUCACCGGAAACUGACCCACCUUUUGARGACGACCCGAUUCCCGCCACCGGUCUCCAAGUAACUUUAUCUAGGUUCCAAGACCAAGUGCAGAUCUUCUUUGCUGUUCUCUUUUGGAUGUCACUGUUCUUCUGGGCUAGCACAUGGGAAGGGAGGAAUAGUGGGAGACCUGGCAGGGGAUCCAGAUUUAGAAGAUGACCUUGUGGGCAUUUGCUUUGUAAAUAAUAAUAGAUACAUGAGAUUUCAAUACAACACUGGAGUAUAAAUAUGCAUGACGAAUUUUAGAUGAUGAGUAGGCGACAUUCAGCCUCUGCAAAACCAAUUUAGAGGACAUCCUUUUGUAUUUCAUUGUUAGACUCAGAACCUAAAUACUAUAUACUCCCAUCUUUAACUUGGACAA